GCGUGCGCUGUGCACAUGGGCCAGGGUGAAUCCGGAGAGGCGCCCGAUGCGCGCCUCCCGCCCCAGCCGCAAACGCAGAGCCGAGGGCGGUGCCCCUCGCGGGUAGAAGAGCCACGGGGAGGAGCGGCCUUCCAGACCAGCCCCAGUUCGGACGGAAGUGACACCGGCAGCGUCGAGGACAUUUGGUGGCGCGCGCAGCGGCGCGUGAAGAUACCCGUCGUGCGCACGCGCCGACCGGCUCGCCCGCGCCCGGCGCAGGCGCGGGGGACUUCCUUAGAGCGCACGCGCGAGCGGCUGCCGUCUCUGGCCGCCAUGGAGAGGAAAGUUCUAGCGUUGCAAGCUCGGAAGAAGCGGACCAAAGCUAAGAAGGAAAAAGCCCAGAGGAAACCUGAAAUUCAACAUCGAGGCCCUGCUUCCCAUUCAGAGAAUGAUCUCCCUGACCAAGAAGAAGAAAUCCUGGGAUCAGAUGAUGAUGAGCAGGAAGAUCCUAAUGAUUACUGCAAAGGGGGCUACCAUCUUGUCAAAAUAGGAGAUCUGUUCAAUGGAAGAUACCAUGUCAUUCGAAAGUUGGGAUGGGGACACUUCUCUACAGUAUGGUUAUCUUGGGAUAUCCAGGGGAAGAGGUUUGUGGCAAUGAAGGUUGUAAAAAGUGCUGAACACUAUACAGAAACAGCACUGGAUGAAAUUAAGCUGCUGAAAUCUAUCCGGGACAGUGACCCAGAUGACCCAAACAGAGAGAGGGUGGUUCAGCUAUUAGAUGAUUUCAAAAUCUCAGGAGUGAAUGGUUCCCAUAUUUGUAUGGUGUUUGAGGUUUUAGGGCAUCAUCUCCUGAAAUGGAUCAUCAAAUCAAAUUAUCAGGGGCUUCCGCUGCUUUGUGUAAAAAGAAUAAUUCAUCAGGUUUUGCAGGGACUGGAUUAUUUGCAUUCAAAAUGUAGGAUUAUCCAUACUGAUAUUAAACCAGAAAACAUCUUGCUGUGUGUUAAUGACCAGUACAUCCGCAGGCUGGCUGCAGAGGCAACAGAGUGGCAGAGAUCUGGAGCCCCUCCUCCUUCUGGCUCUGCAGUGAGUACAGCACCAGUACCAAAACCAGCUGACAAAAUGUCCAAAAAUAAGAAAAAGAAAUUGAAAAAAAAGCAGAAACGACAAGCGGAGCUGCUGGAGAAACGCAUCCAAGAAAUUGAGGAAAUGGAGAAGGAAGGAAGCCCUCUGCAAGUGCAGUCGGAAGAGCAGCAAGAGAUUCCAAGACCACUUGAAUUACUCUUAAAAGAGAGCCCCCCAGAUGAAGGGCUGCCAGGGAAGACAGAUGCUAUCUCACUUGUAUCUGAGCAAACUAUCUUAAUGGAGGGAGUUGUUGAAAAAUGUGUAGCCGAAAUCAAUUGCAAUGGUGUAGUACAAAUGAAUGCCUUCUCAGACUCCAACAACCAAGUGUCAGUGCGAUGUGAGGAGGACCUUCAUAAUGCCAACGACUGCAGCAGUCCCUCUCAGGAGAAGGAGGAGGAGGAGAGCUGUACUUACAGCCAAAGUAAUGGUGGCCCGGAGAACCGGAUACAGGAAGCAAUCUCAGAUUCAUGUGUACCCUUAAUUUCAGAGGUUCUGGAUUCAGUGGUAUGCCAGGCAACUUCAAGAGAAGACCAGUAUUUCAAUGAGCAGCAGAUCAGCAACUUGCAAGAGAGCAUCAGGGCAGAAAUACCUUCAGAGGAUGAGAAUGAGAACAGUGGAACAUCUGAGAGCGGCAAAGGAAAAUCUGCAGCUGGGAAUUUUCUUCUCAAUCCUCUUGAGCCUAGCAAUGCUGAUAAGAUCAAAGUGAAGAUAGCCGACCUAGGCAAUGCUUGCUGGGUGCAUAAACACUUCACUGAGGACAUCCAGACACGGCAGUACCGCUCCUUAGAAGUACUGAUCGGAGCAGGCUAUAGCACCCCAGCGGAUAUUUGGAGCACAGCCUGUAUGGCCUUUGAACUGGCUACAGGUGAUUACCUCUUUGAGCCUCAUUCUGGUGAAGACUACUCACGGGAUGAAGACCACAUUGCAUUGAUCAUAGAACUUCUGGGGAAAAUACCUCGCAAACUGAUUGUGGCUGGAAAAUACUCCAAGGAGUUUUUCACCAAAAAAGGUGACUUGAAGCACAUCACCAAACUGAAGCCCUGGGGUCUCCUUGAAGUUCUCGUGGAGAAAUAUGAGUGGUCCCAAGACGAGGCAGCUGCUUUCACAGACUUCUUAUUACCCAUGCUGGAGCUGAAUCCUGAGAAGAGAGCUACAGCGGCGCAGUGUCUCCGGCACCCUUGGCUCAGCUCUUAAAACGCUCC